GAAUUUACCAUAGGCGUUCCAUACAACAAUUAAUGGAGAUGAAGAUGGGAUAUUUCUAUUUCAACCAGUGGAACCAAAGUUCCCAAUGCAGCAACACGAGGUAUAUUACGAUAUCGUAGAUCACUGCAACGGCCUCUUGUGUGUCCUCUUGUGUUCCAAGGAAAUAAUGAAUUGGAAAGCCGUGGUUGUUUGGAACCCAUCAACAAAGGAACAAAAGAGACUUCGUGCCCCUGAUCAACGCUCUUUAGAGAAGAUAGAGCAACACUUCGGGUUCAGUUACGACUCCACCAGUGAUGACUACAAGGUCGUAUUAGUCACAACUUUCGAAAACAUACCAGCUAAAAUCCAGUGCUUGGGGCUUAAGAUGGACUCAUGGGAAAUUGCUCAAAAUGACAUACACUACUUGUUUGAUUGUGACACAUUCAGUUCAUCAUAUGCAGCACAUGUCAAUGGCUACAUCUAUUGGGCUAUCAAAAAGAGACGAGUUGAUGAUAAUAAUGGAGCUGAUGAUAUAGCAAGUUUAGAUUUGGGCAGAAAUAGAAUGAUAGAGGAGACAUCUCUAAGUGAGAUGUUAUUAAGUGGAAGGAGGUAUGUUUCUUUGCAUCCCUUGAAAGAAUCUCUAUUCAUGAUAGAGACUGAUGAUCAUGUUAAUUUUAAUGCGUGGAUAAUGAAGGAAAAUGAUGAGGUGACAGGAACAAAAUCUUGGAUUAAAUUUUUUCAAAUUUCUAUUGAGCAGAACGUCUUCAACCCAGUGAGGUAUCCUCCAAUCGAAGAGGAUUGUAUCAGUCCCAUUUGUUUCACUGGAAAUGGCAAUUGCUUAAUGGUUGCUGAAGAAAGACAAGAUUUUUUUUUUAUAUGAACCAAAUGAAGCAUCAUGUAAGGAGAUUAAGCUUGAAUUCUUUGGCAGUAGAAACGACCGCUCAAAGUACUGGUGGUAUCCUUUGACUCCAUGUAUUGAGAGCUUGGUAUCAACAUUCACAGAGAAAACCAGAUGAAGUGCUAGAAGCUAGAGAAAAGGAAAGCACGAUGAAAACAUGAAGGAAAACAAUUUGUUAUAAUCUUAUGUUUAGAAACCUAAUCUUUUGUGUGUGUGUGUAUGUGUGUGUGUGUUUUUUUUUUUUUUUUUUUGGGGUACAUUACAUGUAGAGCUACUUGACAUUGGUUUUAAAUUCUGAUUUUGGUUUUUAAAUUAAUAUAUAUAAAUUUAGUCAAGUUUUUAUUAGUUCUAUUCUUUUGUUAUUGUCCCCAAUAUAUUUUAUUUAUUUGC